AUGCCGCUGCGUAGCUGGAUACACUCUGUCAAGCCUCUCGGCGACUUCAAACAGGCCAUAGCGCAGCCCUCAACAAGCACGGAUCCCCCCGCCCUCCCCCCGCUCACCUCAACCCUGUCCGACCCAUCCGGUGAGCAAGACGGCCCCCUCGCGCACGCGCUCGCCCUCCUCUUCGAGCCCUCCCCCAUCCUCUACGACGCCCUCGCCCCCGCCCUCGCCGCCCACAUCCAGACCGCGCCCCCCGUCCUCUCCUACCGCGCGCUCAUCGACGCCGCGCUGCGCGUGAUCGCCUCCUGGCCCGACGACCGCAAAGCGCAGUUCAUCGCCGCGCACCCCCGGAUCGGCGAGGCCAACGGCCUCUCGCACCUCUCCGCGCAGGAGCAGGCCGCGAAGGCGACGUCCCCAGAGGUCCUCGCGCGUUUAGGGCACCUGAACGCGUGUUAUGAGCGGCGGUACCCCGGGCUCGUGUACAUCACGUUCGUGAACGGACGGUCGCGCGCGGAGAUCAAGGACGAGAUGGAGGACGCGCUCAAGCUGGAGCACGCGUUGGAUGCGGACGAGCCGUCGGUGGAGAGCGUGCAGAGCGUUCAAGUGGGCGGAGAGGCUUGGAGGGUGGAGCUGGAGAGGGCGGUGGCGGACGUGGGCAAGAUUGCGAAGAGCAGGUUGGGCGCGUUGGGCAUCGAGACAGCGCAGUCCGCUUAA